AUGAAAUCCACUUUUAAUCUGCAGAAUCUUCGAAACACACCAAAAAAUCUACUCUUCCAUUAUCAUGUCUAACUUGUUUCACUUAACAUGGUUUACUCUUUCUUGGUUUAUGAGGUCCAUUUCCUGUAUUAUUAUUAGGUACAAUAUCAGGAUCUUUCUAUAGUUAUUANUCAUUUAAUUGCAAGCCUAGAAUCACUAUCUUUGAUGAAAAGAGAGAUAUUUCUUAAUAGCAAGGACUCAACAUUUCUUUGUCUUGGGAACCAAUUUAAAAACCUAUUCCUUUAAACAAAUAAACAAAAAGAAAACCAUGGUUUACUUUAUAAGUCCUUCAUGAUUCUAUAGCAGAUUAUCAAAAACAGAAAUCUAUCUGUUUUGUUAAUUAUACAAAAGCAAUAUAGAAUAAAGAAAGACCAAAAUAUGAUCAUUAAAUAGAUGAUAGUAAAGUAGCAUAAGCUUAUUUAAAAUUAAAGUAUUUAAUAAUUAAAAAAGACCGAAUUACUCAAAAAGAUAUAUUGAUUUUGCUAAGGUGAUAAACAGAAAUAAUGCAUCUCCUAAUUUCAAUAAAUUUUGA